GUUUGAAGCUUCAUCUCACACACGCACUUGUUGAUGCUUUGCAUUUAUAUAAUUCAUUUUCUGUGCUCAUUCUUGUUUAUAAAUAUAUUAUCCACCAUUUACCUAUGCUAUUUCAUGGCUAGUUAAAAGAUACAUGUGCUCUAAAUCCAAAGCUUCUUGCUGCCUCGCGCAAAUGCCACCAUCCCGAUAAUGCCGCUGCCUGUCGCUAAUCCGAACCAACCGCUAGUUUUGCCAGUGCGGACUCUGUUGACGUGUCUCCCUAGAUGAAAUUUGUUUUCGUACGAUUUUGAGCGGGAUUGAGUGAAAAUAAUGUGAGAAUGGCAACUCCGGCGCAUACAUACGGCCCGGCCUGCCUUCUUUACGAGCCUCCAGAGCAAAGGCGACCGAUUUUGGAUCCAACUCUGGGGAUUCCCGAACCUCCAAAAAUACAGUCGCAAUACUUUUACCUGUCAUCAUUGCCAAUAGAUGAUCCUCUUACAGCGAUUCCGGCUCCCUCGAGCAAUCCCGAUGUCACGAAACUGCCCCCUCGACCGUUUUCGGUGCACGAUAAUAUUGCCCUCGAGGAAGCAUGGCAGAGGUUAAAAAGUGCCGUUGAGGAGCAGCCCGAUAAGAAUCCAGAUGAGACGGAAGGCCAGGUUCGUUUGAGGCGCGGAGUAACUGCUCAAGGAAAGAAGAGGGGUGAGGCAGCUAGCCAGGAUGUUGAUGUCAGACGGACUACCGUAACGCUGUCUGAGUUGAGUUCGAGGACUCCACUGCACCACAGUAACGAUGGAAUCGUUGAUAUCCAUGAAACACGCGACUCUACUUCUCCCUCCCAUAUAUUUCGAGGGAGUAGUGUUGAGUCCCAUGCCCAGAGACGAGUGACACGGGACCGGGGUUCCUCCGGAGCGUCCGAGAUUGGGAAUAUUCGGAAGAGGCACAGUAUUCCCAUUGAACGGAGGUCAAAGGCCGCACGGCGAAAUAGGGACUCUUCCCCGGGCCUUGAGGAAGAUGUCUCUGAAGAAGCAAGCGGGCAUUCGACUCCUCACAUUAUUCGGCCUUCUGAUGAUACAAAUAUUAGCGGAUCUCCAUUCAUCAGAGCUCCCAUCCGAGACCGCGAAAUUCGACGGUCAACUCCAACAUUGAGGUUAAGUAAAGAUUCUGUGGACACGAGCCCUUCCACCGCCCAAGUAACUGCCUCACCAAGCGCAGACGUCGAUAAACUUCAAGGGGAUACUCAGAGCGAGCGUCUGGAAAACGAUGAGCCAGAGGCGACUGUGACAGUAGGAGCUUCACGGCUUCACCUUGUUGAAUUUCCGAGGCUGCAGAUGAAACCCAUCUAUUGGAGCCCGGUCCAUGACAUAUCUCCCGUCAUUAGAGCUACUUGGUUUUAUAAAAAUUCGAUGCUCCCCGUCGAACCGGAAGUUGCAAAUCGACUUGAAGCUGGCUAUAUGUACCUUAAACCAUGGACGGAAACCUGGCAGGACGAACUCAACAGUUGCGUUGAAAACGGAGCUGAAGCAGAGAUGAAGGUUGUGUAUAAGCUCUGGCCGCCUGAAGAUACCAAAUUGCCUAUUAGACCAGGAAGCCGUCCGGGUUCUGAGGCCUCGGCUUCUGUGUCUAGUAGCAGAGAGGUUGGCGAUCAUGCUUUUCAAGGAAAUUAUGCGGCAGGUGCCACAGCCACUUCUGCUGCCAGUGCGAAGUUGUUCAAGAAUUCGAGCGUGAUGUACGUUGAUUCCAAAGAUGCUCAGAUACUCAGACCAAGUCUGCUGCCAUCAGUAGCUGGUGGCCGACGGCCACUAAGUGCCAUCCGAAAGGGAAGGCAGAUUGGAAUUGCCGUUGUACGAGGAUUUAAUCGCCGAGAAUGGGAGAAAGUUCACCCCCCAAAGCUCGUUUCACCCAAUGUAAGAAACUUUAUGAAGAUGCAGGAGGCGGCAACAAGAGAGGCAGCUUCUCGCCGUCAAAUAUGUUAUGCUUGCCAGAUGGAGGAAAAAAAGCCCGAAGUCAGCGAUUUGGUCUUUGUUAUUCAUGGGAUCGGCCAAAAGUUAUCAGAGCGUGUUGAGAGCUUCCAUUUUACUCAUGCUAUGAAUUCCUUUCGAAGACAGGUUAAUAUCGAGCUCAGCAGCAAUUCCGUCUGGCCGAACAUGCGUCCUGACUUGGAAAAUAUCAUGGUGCUCCCUGUGAAUUGGCGAUCAACACUUUCCCUUGAAGAUACGGAUGUCGAGGAGGCUAUCGAAGAUCAGCAUAAUGCGAACCGCUUUGUGUUGAAGGAUAUUACCCCCGAAACGAUACCGGCUGUUCGGAAUCUAAUCAGUGAUGUGAUGCUUGAUAUUCCGUAUUAUCUUUCCCAUCAUAAACAGAAGAUGGUUCGUGCAGUAAUUAAAGAGGCUAAUAGGAUAUACCGGCUCUGGUGUCAAAAUAAUCCAGGCUUCCAGCAGAGUGGCAAAGUGCAUAUCAUAGCUCAUUCGCUUGGAAGUAUCAUGGCAAUGGACAUCCUCAGCCAACAGCCAACAAUACUACCCCAUAUUGACUUUUCUAAGACUGACAUUAGCGAGAGUAUUUUUGAAUUCGAUACCAGAAACGUUUUUUUCUGUGGUAGCCCAGCCGGGUUUUUCUUAUUGCUCCAUAAGUCAAGUCUACUGCCUCGAAGAUACCGAAACAAACCCGGCUGUGAUGAGUACGAUGUUUCGGAUCCUGGUCUCACCGGUGAAGCAGGGACAUAUGGGUGCUUCGCGAUUGACAAUCUCUAUAAUGUAAUGCAUGAAACCGAUCCAAUUGCCUAUCGGCUGAAUGCAGCAGUUGACAGUGAUCUUGCGAACUCUCUUAAACCCGCCUCAGUUCCCACUUCCUCAACGUCCUUUUUCCAAACGAUAAGCAGCGUCUUCCGAUGGAACUCCAAACCUCAAUCUUCUCGACUCGAGAUUCCUGCCCAUUCUGUUGCCGGCUCUUCCACUGCAGCCCAGCAGCGACCCGGCAUAUUUACCAAACUACCGUCUACGAUUGAAAUGGAGACCCAUGAUUUUACCCGCGAAGAGAUUGCCGAAAAACGCAUGCUUCUCCUCAAUGACAAUGGGCAGAUUGAUUACUAUAUCUCCGGUGGCGGCGGCCCGUUGAAUAUUCAAUAUUUGAAUAUGUUGAGUGCACACAGCAGUUAUUGGAUCCUGCCCGACUUUGUGAGGUUUAUAGUCGUUGAGAUCGGAAGGAGAGUGGGCAGAAGUGGUACAUUGCUUGCUUUGAGGGCAGAGAAGAAGAAGGGAUGGAAGCGGAAGUAACGAAUUUCACGAAUCUUUUGGUGUUUCCGUAAACUGGAGUCCGGAAGUUUGAUACCUGAACAAUACCUGUCGGGCUUUUCUUUGGAAUACGCACGGGCUUUUAAGGUAUUUUAUGCAGUUACUGUGAUAUCUGAUAUAUUCCGGGCGGACAAUAACAUAUGGGUCUAGGAACUUGAUACUUGAGCGUCAGCUUGCCUGGUGGCCUGCUUUGUUUGAUGAAAUCUGGCUUUUAAAGUCAUUACGGAAGCCAACUUGGUUAGGAAACUUGAGAUCGUGAUUGCUGUAGAGCGGCUAGACAAAAUUUUGGAUUUUUAGAACAAAUUUAUCGUCUGUCUCAGCAUCGACAAGAGAUUCCAGGCGUGCUCACAUUGUUUAACAUACUGUAUAGCCAAUCAUAUGCCUUCUAUUUGGCUCAUCAAUAGUGCCUUGA